AUGGUAUUGCCCAUCCUGCCCCCCAGUCACUCUGCGGUCCGAUGCAGCCUGUUUGUUUCUGAAUCCAGUACUGGCGUUGCCUAUCCUGUUGGACCCCUACCUACCUAG